GCGUCACCUGGCGUGAUAACGGGUUAUUAACAUGGAAGUAGGAGGCAAAUCAUCUGUGGUGAAAAUGUAAACAUGGUUUUUUUUAUGCAGCAGUUAAGGAUCAUGUAAGCUGAGGAACACGCAAAUCAAUAAAUAAAAUGAAACCAACAAUAGAUUUUAAGGAGUGCCUGAAAGAUUCUCCUAAAUUUCGGGCCUCCUUAGAAUCUGCGGAAACAGAUGUGGAUGUCCUGGAAGCAAGGCUAGAAAGGCUCGUGAAGCUCUGCACUCUGAUGAUAGAGACUGGGAAGUCAUAUAAGCGUGCCAGUAGUGAUUUUGUUACUGGGGUUCGAGAUUUGGCAGCAUAUUUUAAGGAUGACAACAUGAUGUCUGAUGAUACAAACGUAUCAAACUGUUUGAAUAAAUUUGCCCAUGAAAUGGGAGAGAUGCUGAAGUAUUUCAAUAUUUUAAUGGACCAAGCUAAUAGAUCUGUUUGUAAAAAUCUCAACAACUUUGUGAAACAAGACAUAAAAAAAGUAAAGGACUCCCAGAAGGAUUUUGAGAAAGCGAGUAGUGAGCUGGACAAUGCAAUCAACAGAAACGCCGGCGUGCCUCGCACAAAGACACAGGAGUGCGAGGAGGCCGGCACAAUGCUAAAGGCCAAGAAAUCAUGCUUCGCUCACACCUCAGUAGAUCAUGUAUUUCAGAUCAACAUAUUAAAUUCAAAGAAAAGAUAUGAAAUCUUAGAAACGAUGCUUUCCUUCAUGCAUGCUCAUAGCACAUUCUUCCAUCAAGGUCACGACCUUUUCAAGGAGUUUGAGCCGGAGAUGAAGAAUGUAGCCUCCCUGGUGGAAAAUUUAAGUGCCAAAGCUAGUCAAGAGAGAAAAGAAAUGGAAGAAAGGCAUUCAUUGGUGCAAAAAAAGGACUUGGCAAAUGUUGAAGGGGAAGAAACUCCUAUGGAGGGCUAUUUACUCAAGAGAACCAGUAAAGGUUUCAAAUCCUGGGUCAGGCGUUGGUUCAGUAUAGAGAACAAUCAGCUACUGUACAUGAAGCGUGGAUCUCGAGAAUACUCAGUAAUGGAGGAGGACGUCAAACUGUGUACGGUGAAGCUGAUUUACGACACAGACAGACGGUUCUGUUUUGAGGUGCUAUCACCAACAAGAUCUCAUACAUUACAAGCGGAGUCAGACCAGAACCUUCAGUUCUGGUUGAACAACAUUCAGGUGGCCAUUACAAGGGCGUACAAAGCCAUGGAACACAGGAGUAACUCAGUGGAUGCUGAUGAGCUUAUCCCAAACAGUUCUUCCACACCCUCUAGUCCAAGUCUGACAUCCACCCCUAACUCUCAACAGAAGCAGCCCAGCAAAUCUCAACAGAGGAUGGACAAGCUCCUGGCUAUCCCCGGGAACAACCACUGCUGCGACUGUGGCUCCCCAGAUCCUCGCUGGUCCUCCAUCAACCUUGGGGUCACACUCUGUAUAGAGUGCUCAGGGAUCCACAGGAGUUUCGGUGUUCACAUGUCUAAAGUACGCUCCAUCACCUUGGAUGCGUGGGAUCCGGAACUGUUCAAAGUGAUGUCAGAGCUGGGCAAUGAUGUGGUGAAUCGGAUAUAUGAAGCUAAUCUAAAUGAUUCCAUUGCUGUGAAGGCCACCCCUGAAUGCAGCAGAUCAAUACGAGAAUCAUUUAUUCGGGCUAAGUACAUAGACAAGGCAUUUGUAAGCAAAUUACCGGGACCCAAGUCUGCUAGUAAGGCCAAGGGCUGGAGUGUCAAGAGGAAACCCAAAAGGUCUCCCUCUAAAGACGUGGCCAGCUCCCAGGAUAACUCAGAUGAGGAGGCGGACCUGACCAGUGGGAUCAUGGAAGCCCCUGUAGAGGGAGCGGUGCUGUCAGUGUCCAAUAACAGCAGCAGAGACAGUGACAGUGGGCUCGGAGUCAGCACCGACGUAAUCGUGUUUGGAAAGGAAAUAGAAAACAUUGGGAGAAACAUUGACCUUGAGAGUUCAGAUGGAUCGGACAUAGAAGACGCAGACGACACAACUUCCACAACGUCCUGGGAGGACAUGAGUAAACUUGAUCCUAACCUCCUGCUGUAUAAGGCGGCCCAGGCCCGCAAUCUCCCAGUCAUGUUAGAGGCCCUGGCCAACAAGGCAGACCCAAACUGGGUCAACCAGGACGACAAAGGGAUGACGCCCCUAAUGAAGGCUGUAGACACAGGCUCUCUGACAGUCACAGAAUUUCUGCUGUUAAAUGGUGCCAAAGUAGAUCGUAAAGACAAGUUAGGGAGGACCCCGCUGCACCACGCCACCAUCAAAGGACACACAGGGCAAGUGUGUCAGUUUUUAAAAAGAGGUGCAAAUUUACACGACGAAGACGACAGUGGGCAGGAUCCUCUCAAGAUUGCCAUCAGUGCUGCUAAUGCUGAUAUUGUCACACUACUGAGAUUAGCAAAGCUGAAUGAGGAUAUGAAGGAAGAUGGGGGAAAUCCCGGAGAUGAAACAUUUAAUGAUGUGUUCAAAGACUUCUCCCACAUGGCAUCAGAGAAUCCCGAGAAACUUAAACGCAAGGAGAACCAAGAUCAAUAGCUAUAGGCGACUCCCACAGUUUUGUGUGGGGGUCGUGGCCUGGUUACCAUAGCAAUGACUGUUCUCCAGAGGUAGCCACAGUCAACCAUUAAACCUAGUGCAGCCAGCUUUUAUAAUUGCCACCGGAAAAUCUGCGUAUCGCCAUGAAAUUUUUACAAAGCCUUAGAGAUUACAUGUUUUUCUAUUGUUUUUGAGAUCUUGAAGAUGUAUAUGUAUUUUUCUGCAUAUUUAUAUUUAUUUUUAACCAUUGCUUCACAAGCUUCUGCUGUUGUACUCAGUCUUCGUGUACCAGUAAUGUCAACUUGUAUAGAUAUUUGACCAUGUUGUCAUUGCAAAAAGGUACAUGUUUAUUAACACAUUAAAGUUGUUAAUUACAUCAAUCACAGGUAUUUAACAGUUUUUACAGUUACUAGUAAUCAGAGAUUUAUAGUCAUUGUGUAUUGGAAGCCUAUUUUUGGGUUGGUGCGUUUUAUAGAGCAAAUUAGAUAUUCCAAUAGAUUGCACGGGUAUUUUUGUUUUAUUGAUUGCUGAAAACAGACAUGGAAUGUGUGUAACCCAGUAGGUUUGGUGUAUAUAUGCGUACUGGGAUAUUUCUACUGUUGAAAUCAAUUAACAACAUUGUUAAUUUAAGUAACAUGAGGACCAUCAUGUACAAUCAGCUACAAUUAAUGUCUCAAUCUUUUUAUAUUUCUUUUUUUUUUUGCAUUCUGUGAGCAUGCUUCAUUAUUCCUGUUGAUGUGCAAUAAGUUACUGUACCGACGUCUUUUCCCCUGUUAUUUAAUGGUGGCAUGAGAUAAAAAAUUUCAGUCUUUACAUAUAAGAAGUGAGAACUUUUCCCAUUUUAACAAAUGUACCAUUACAUUUACGCCAAGAUUGGAUGAAGCUAGACAGACUUUUAGUAUAGCAAAGCACUGUCAAGAUCUGUAGAAGUUGCUCUUGUUUCACCAAUAGAAAUUCUUUUGUUGAAAGGUUUCAAAAUGCCCCUGAAUGCUGUAGUUUCUCUAUACAGACAUUCUAAUUGAUUCAGUAUCUCUCAAAUCAUCUUUGAACAAUAUUACAACUGCAGUUUUGUUUUGUCAACAGUAAUGUUAGAAAUAUUUUAUGGUCUUUGACUGGAAUGUUUGGAAAUACAUGUAGUAUUGCUAUGGCUAAAUCUAGGAUCAAAUAUAUAUCAAUAUCAUGGAUAUUUGCUUUGCAGAAUUGCAUUUUGGGAUAUAAGGAGCAGUGAUUUGAAAGUAUUCACAUUCCACACAAGCUUAAAGGAAUAAACUAAGCAGCUUCCAAGACUAAAAAUAAUGUUAUUGAAGAAUUUAGGUUAAGUCGUUGUUUGAUUAUGGUGAAUGGAUUUUGUGUGCAUCUGUGUGGUAGUGUAAACAUUUAUACUGUGUGAUGUGCUUCUGUCCUACAAAUUUAAAAAUGUCUAGUCAAUGUAUUGUUAGCCCUGCUGAAGUCUUACCCCAAAACACAAUUCCCUUCUUUGAUAAAAUAAUAAAUCUUAUAAGCUUACAAA